GGUCACGAUUGUGGACUUGUAAUUUUCUCACGUCGGGGUCUUCUCUCUCGCCCGCAACGAUGGCCUCAAGUCGCUAUCGCUCUGAGGUCCGACCGCUAGUCAAGCGCCUCAAACAGCUCCCCAUCAGCUCCUCCAGUGCGAGAGCGAAUACCAUCGCCACCAAAAUCGCGCCUCUGAUAACCUCCGAGGCGACUUUCCAGGAGCUCACCAUCGAUCCUUUCCUGCUGCCCGCCGACAGCUGGAAUAUCUCGAACUCUAUCGUCUCGCGAGCGCUAGGAGCCUUGAAAGACGUGCAGGAGCUGCUGAGUGUUGACGAUCCCGGCAGGAGCGCGCUUCGCGAUCCCGUGCAGCGUUGCUUGGACCGCAUCUGGUUCCCUCUUGUCGCCUGGAUAGAAUUCUUCGUCCCGUGCAGCGGUUACAUCGACGUUAGAUCCGAGGCGUACGAGCAUGUCGAGGCGGUCUUGUACCUCCUUCUCGAGCUCGUUCGACAGAAGAACACAUUCUCCCAUUUACUCUCCCAAACACCCCAACUCUAUGGCCGUAUCAUGUGGCUCUGGCUUCACGUCCCCGAAUAUCUCCCGGGGGACGCAGACCAGCAGCUACGCUGUCAUGUGGUAUGGAAUAGUAUCCUCGUCGGCGCAGUGACCAAGACGAUUGCGCGGAACUCAUCGGGUUACGGCGUUGAAUCCAACGAGUCGGAGGAUCGAUACGCAUCGUCGCAAGCCAUCGCAGGCGUCCAUCACACUCCGCGACAGAUAUACAGGCUGGCAAUCAGGUCUGCAAGGCAGAUGAUUUACAAUGUCAAUGACCACGGCCUAACCUACUCCAGCGAAGCUUUCGGGCUCAUGGAACGUCAUCUGGCGUUGGUGAACGAUCUCGUUGUCUACGUCCUCCGCAUCGACAAUCACGCACGAGAUGUCGUCGCUGACUUGGUCCACUUGGCGCGAUCUCUGGAGGCACGGGCGUCGAGUCUCAUGGCCGCGGGAAGAGCUUGCUCCGUUCUUUGCGAGAUCUGGAUGAGCGCGUCGAGCAAUAGACCCUUAGUUUGGGCUCUGCGCGAUGGUGUCUUCCCCGUGCUCAUUAACGUCUCUCGGAGAUUAUCGCACGACGCGGGGUGGAGGUACCUAAUGGGGGGUUACCUCUGCAAAGUUGCCGCUCGCACCGCCCAUGCCCCAGUACUUCGUGCGUACAUGGCACACAAGGGUCGUGCAUCUCUCCGUACGGCUGGGUGUCUUGCCGAGAAAGCUUUGGGAGCACUGGACUCGCUAAAUGCGACACGAAUGGCGUGGUAUAAGGCGCUUUUUCCGCGUAAGUGCGCAGCUGAUGGAUGUACAAGAAAAGAUCGAAUUAAUCUUCGCCAAUGCAAAUGCAAGACUGUUUACUACUGCUCUGUGGAUUGCCAGGCGGAUCAUUGGACGAACGGGCAUCGUGAUAAUUGCCCUUACUCGAAAAGAGGGAUGCUGCGUUAUCCAACAAUCAUAGAAGAUGCUUCGUAUCUGUCGCACCGAGACGCACGAUUUCUUAUGUUACUGGCCAACGACCUAGUUUUCAAAGUAGACGUCAAGGAGGUCCUGUCGAAAGUCACGCGAAUGCGCCACACCCAGCCUUCUGGCACCAAACGUGAUGUCUUCGAGGUGGCUGCCGACUUCAGCGACAUGCCUCUGGAAAGUCCCGAGGUCAAAUACGUGGAUGAAGAUUCGGCAUUCGAGCAGCGGGAAGACGAGCCUACGAUUAUCAUAACGGCGACACUCUGUCCACUCCCAGAGCGUAGUAAGACUCCCGCACGCAUCAUUGCCUAGAGCUGUACACUGGAGGACCUUGAGCACUACGCCGAGGAGCGUGAGCGGCGAAGAACCGUAUCACAUGAGACGGCAAUGAAUUUAGAGUAAUGUUUGGAAUUCUCUUUGCCUACUCAAGCGCAAGUACAGUUAGCAAUACCAUGAAUCUAUAUACAGUACGAACUCGCGCUGGGGUCAUAUCACCUCGUUCAAGAGACCCUGCCAAAAAACAGCCUGCCUUCCGCCCCGCCCACUGGAUUUCCUCUUCAACCGCCGUGAUGGCUCGUCCCUCCGCUGCUUCAGUGUUCAGAUCCGCGACGCCAUUCCCCCUU